AAGACUCGCGGUUCUUCUGCUCUCCUAUCGCGUAGUUGCCUCUAUUAUACACAGAACGGAUAUGAUCUCGCGCCUGAGAAGGUAGAACUUGAGCAAUUCAUCGUCAUAGUACAUAUCUUGAGUAUUUCCCUGAGGAGGUAACGGCGAGCUAGGACCGAGAUAGGAUAACUCAGCUUCCGGAUCGACAUCAUCCUGCGGGAUCAUAGAGAGAUAAGGACUUCCUGCCUCCCUAGAUCCCAUCAUCAUGCCUCCAGACACUGGAUGUCCCAUUUGCGAAAUAUCUUUCGAUUGAUCCUUAUUCCGACAUUUCGGCUUACAGAUAGUACCACAAUAAAUAAAUGCAGCAAUCGCGGGAAUCUUCGUAAUUGCCCAAAAUUGGAACAACAUUUCUUUCCAGAAAUAUGGCCGAUUUUUGGACUCGAAGGGCACUCGAAUACCAAGACUUGCUUGAAGCGACUAGAAUCAAUGGAAACGGAGACAAAACCAACGAAAAAGACGUCCAAGAAGUCAUCUGUCAUUUAUCUUGGUCACAUUCCGACUGAGUUCGAGGAGCCUCAAAUGCGGAAGUUUUUUGAACAGUUUGGUGAGGUGAAGCGCCUCCGGUUGUCCCGAAACAAGAAAACCGGAGCGUCGAAGCACUACGCAUUCAUUGAGUUCGAGACGCCUCAAAUUGCUGAGAUUGUGAUGAACACGAUGAACAAUUAUAUUCUGUUUGGUCAUAAGCUGAAGUGCGAAGUGAUGCAGGUUUCUGACAUUCAUGAAGACCUCUGGAAGGGAGCGAACCGCCGGUUCCGCGUAAUUCGUAAAAAGAAAGUUGCGGAGCCAAAGAAACUCACGGCCGAGAAGGUUCUCAAGAUUUUGAAUCAUCGCCAUGCAUUCAAUAAAAGUGUGCAAGAAAAACUAGAGAAAAUGGGUAUUCACUAUGAUUAUCUGGAUAAAGUGAUGAACGAAGAUAUAGAAGUCAUGAAAGCGCUGAAGAGCAACGUCAAAGAACCGGAAGCAGUGCAAGACAAAGUAGAAGAAAAAGAAGAAAAAGAAGAAGUGAAGGAAGAGGAAAAGGUUGCGGAAAAAAGCAAACCUGUGAUGAAGCGACUCUCCAAAAAAGCCAAAAAGUCGGCCAAGUAG